AUGCAGCGUUUCUUCCUGCUCAAUGCACUUGCCUCCAUGGUGGCUCUGGCAGCCGCAUACCCCAUGUCAGGGGAGAUUACGGGACACUGCGACCGUAGCCAAGCGCGAGAAUGUGGCCCGUGGCAAGUAUCAUCGACCCCGAAGACGCAGCUGCUGGGAUUUCCUUCACCACUACCUACGACGGCGAUGACCAGAAGCGCGCCGAAGGCGAGGUUGCUGGGAUUUCCUUCACUACUACCUACGACGGCGAUGACCAGAAGCGCGGCAAGUACCAUUGACUCCGAAGACGAGGCUGCUGGGAUUUCCUUCACUACUACCUACGACGGCGAUGACCAGAAGCGCGGCAAGUACCAUUGA